AUGUCUCAACAUCCAUCAUCAUCUGGCUCCAAAUCCUCCCAACAUGCAAAGACUUCACCUAUGGAGUUUGUAGAUGAAGAUGUAAUGGACGUCACUCCUCUGUGCAUGAUAUCGGGCGACACCACAGGUACCUCCUCCAAUGCUGGAGAUAAGCAAGGUAAUACCUUUGGUAACUCCUCUCUUCCUAAAGACAUGUAUUACACCGAUCGCGCUAUAAGGAGACUGGUUACUAGAAUUCUGAGUGAAGGACAUAAAGUUGAAGGGGUCUCUACCCCUUUGUCCAUAAGGGAACCCUCUCCUGAGGGAGAAUCCCAUGCUGAUAAAGAUGAUGAUUCAUCUAGAUCAGAAAAAGAGGUGGUUGCUGAAGGGCUUUGCUCUCUAGGUAAAACCCUACCUAGCAAGAAACAAAAUGUGCCUCAAGAAAAUAUUAUUGAUCUAGAGGAAGAAAGCACUGAAGGAGAGGAUGAUCCUUUGGUUCAUUUGGUUAAACCUAGCGUAGCUGAGAAACUGAGAACUAAGAAAGGAAAAAGUAUGGCUAAAAUGAGAGCUGCUAGAGUGAAAAAGACUGCAGGAAUAGGACCCUCAAAACCUUGGAGCAAGGUUGAGGCUGUUCAUAAAUCUCCUGGCAAGGCUGCUGCUGUUCAUCUAGACAAUAUCUCCUUUCAUUUGGAAGAUGGAGCAGCAAAGUGGAAAUAUGUCAUUCAGAGAAGAGUAGCCAUUGAAAGAGAACUUGGACAAGAAGCUGUAGAGGUAAAGGAGGUAUUUGAGCUGAUAAAAAAUGCUGGACUCAUGAAGACUGUGGUAACUCUACCCCAAUGCUAUGAGGGGUUGGCUAAAGAGUUUAUUGUUAAUAUCCCUGAGGAUAUUCAUGAUAAGAACAGCAGGGAGUUUUGCAAGUCCUCUUGA